AUGACCAACGAAGGUCCGAGGGCCUCUGGCGAUCUACCCAAGCCCGAGCUGAUGCAGAUCGAGACGCAGAUCGGCAAUGAAGGCAUCCGCACCGAAAUCGACAGACAGCUCUCCGGGAAACUGGACCACAAAUUUGACCGUCAUAUCAUCCCCUGGGUUUUUGGAAUAUGGCUGUUUGCCUUCAUCGACCGUAGUAACAUCGGCAACGCCAAAAUCGUCGGACUGCCCGAGGAUCUCGGGAUCUCAACGGGCACCUCCUUCAACGUGGCGCUGCUGGUUUUCUACAUUCCCUAUAUUCUCGUCGACGUACCCAGCAAUUGGAUUGUGAAGCACGUCAAGGCCGGCAUUUAUUUGCCGUCCCUCAUCACGGCCUGGGGGCUCGUCAGUACGUUUGUAGGCUUCACGGAGUCGCUUGCAGGGCUCAUCGUGGCCCGUCUCCUGUUAGGCCUGUUCGAAGGAGGGCUGCUCGGUGGCAUCGUCGUGUACCUUGCUAUGUUCUACCCUAGACACCAGAUGCUAAGGCGCGUGGGUUACUUCUACUGUGCCGCGCCGCUUUCGGGUGCUUUCGGCGGACUGUUGGCUACAGGGUUAUCCGAGAUCCGCUACGGAGGGUACAAUCGCUGGCCGUGGAUCUUCUUCAUUGAGGGUAUUGUGACAACUCUUUUCGGCAUCGUGUGCUUCUUCUUCAUGCCUCAUACACCCGGCGACUCUAAGUUCCUAACUACGGAAGAGCGCGCCGCUGCAUUGCGCCGGAUGAAAGUGGACAGCCACGGCGCGGCCGCUGAGGAGGACGUGAACAACGAGAAAUUCGACUGGUACUGGGUUCGGAUGGCAUUCAAGGCACCUCAGUUGUGGUUUUCCUGCUUCAUCUGGUUCUUCCUACUAGUCCCACUCUAUAGCUAUUCCCUCUUUCUACCGACGAUCAUCAACGGCUUGGGUUAUCAAUCCACGCAGGCACAGCUCCUUACCGCGCCUCCAAAUGUGGCUGCUGUUUUCUCCGUCUUAAUAAUGACGCGGUUGUCUGAUCAUACAAAGGCACGAGGUCCGUACAUGGCCCUGAACUGCGUAAUUGCGGCUGCUGGAUACGUGAUGUUGUUAGCGAGCAAAAACAAUGCCGUUCGAUACGCUGGUACUUUCAUCAUAGCCAUUGGAAUAUACCCGAACUCGGCCUUGAUCAUGGGUUGGCUAUCGAAUAAUUUGGCGCCUCACUUCGUCCGCGCUACAGGCAUUGGCUUCUUGAUCGCAUUUGCCAAUACCGCGGCCUUCAUCGCAACAUUCAUCUAUCUGCCUAAAGAUAAACCAGACUACAGCCUAGGGCACUCGAUUAGUCUUGGGGCACUCUUGCUAUGCUUCAUCGUAUGCUGUACUCAGACUCUGUAUCUAGGAUGGGAGAAUAAGAAGCGGGCGCUAGGGGAUCGCGAUAGUAGAUUGACACUGGGCGAUGUGGACAGGCUUGGGUAUCGCCACCCGAAGUUUAGGUACACCAUAUAA